AUGGCAUCUGAACUUAGCCUUCUGUCCCUGAACCAACUCCAAAAGCUAGCCCAGCAGCAGCAGCAGUACUUUAAUCCUAGGAACUGGCCAGGUCUCCGACUGGCUGAAGCUGAUGAUGAUUCUUGGAAGGUCCGGGCAUUUGCGGAGAGCGCCACGGGCAUGACAUGGCCGCUACGCUCGUACACAUGCACCUUCUGCCGUCGUGAGUUCCGGUCGGCCCAGGCAUUGGGUGGCCACAUGAACGUUCACCGCCGCGAUCGAGCUAGGCUCCUGCAGUCCCCUCAAGGAUCCCACCCAUCCUCUCCCACAACUCCAUCUCCUCCCAUUGUCUUCCCACCACCAGUACCAGAAUUCGUCUCCGGUGGUCGCUGCUACUGCCUUCUCUACCCUAUCCCGGACGCCGCCACAAUUAUCUUUGCACCGACUAGGGAUUCACCCUCCACUCUCCUAUAUAUUAGUCCGUAUCCCGGGAAUGGAUCCGGUGGGGUUGACAAAGAUGAAGGAAAUAAUGGAGAUGACGUUGAUAAGGAGCUGGAUUUAGAGCUUCGACUUGGAUGGUGA